AUGAAACACUGUAUCUCCUUCACUCUUGUCGUCUUUAUAAUUUGUUACCUGUUGACUGAAGUGGCUCCAGAAAAAUUCCAUAAAGCGCUGGUCGUCUCCUCCUUGAAAGCGGGAACAAAAUGCCAUGGAUACGUAACGGAUUGUAAAGGCAAUGUGUUGUUUGACAGAGGAUUAAAAGAUUGUUCUAAAUUUUGUACGGUAUCGAAACGUGAUAACAUACCAAACGCUCCAUUCUGCUCUCAUAUGAUAGUCGUUGACAGCAAUGGUAAAUAUUAUGAUCAGACCAUUAAAAGCGAAACGGAUGCAUGUUUCAAAGUUAGCGGAGAUGCAGAAAGCGGCGCCACGGAAAUAGCUAAAUCCUCACGUCUUAAAUUACUUCGAAAAGAACUGCGUAAACUGGGUGUUGAUUAUUUGACAAUAGAAGCUGCAUACGUACCCGAUUUCACCUAUGCAUCGAAUAAAAAACAAAGAGAGUUGCAAGAACUUCGAGAAGACAAAGAAUUUGAUUAUCCUGACUUCUUUGCCUUCGAGCG